AUGGCGGAAGCCGACUUUGAGAUCGACUUUUACGGGGAUGCUGGAAACGAGCAGCACCCCGACCAGCAAGACGGAACGCAUCACAACGAUGGCGACUACCAAGGGCAUGACGAGACCAAUGGAGGGGAGGAACACACCGACGGCCACGGCCAUGAUCAAGACGAACACCACGAACACACUGAAGAACAUAUCCCCCAGCAAGGGACAAAAAGGAAAUCAGAGGAAGAUGACCGACCAGUAGACUCGGCUGCUACCUCUGCGGUUAUGAUCUCAGAUUUGAAUUGGUGGACGACGGAUGACGACAUCCGAGGGUGGCUGCGAAAGGCAGAUUGCGAAGACGAAAUUAAGGACCUGACGUUUAGUGAACACAAGGUCAAUGGAAAAAGCAAAGGACAAGUAUAUGUCGAAUUUCACAGUCGUCAAGCAGCAACAGCAGCAAAACGAUGCGUCGAUCAACUAGCGACCGAUGGUGCGGCGUCACAGAAGAAACUAUCGACCUCAUAUUGGAACCCAGCGAUGAACCCUUUCAAAACCUUACCCAAGGACGCACCAGCACGAACAAAGGAGCAACAGCCAAGACCUACGCCUUCAGGCUCAUAUAACGAACGUGGCAACUACAGUGGAGGAUACCGCGGCCGCGGAGGCUUCAACCGUGGAAACAUGAACCAGAAUAACUAUAACAACCGCAACUUUAACAACAACAAUAUGGGCUAUAACAAUAACAACAUGGGCGGCGGCGGAUUCAACGGACCCAUGGGCGGUGGAAACUUUGGGUUCAAUAAUCGUGGCAACAUGAUGGGCGGCGGAAUGCGCGGCGGCCCAGGCGGCAUGAGAGGCAACCGCGGCGGUGGUAACAUGAUGGGAAUGAACCCAAUGGGCGGUAUGCCCAUGGGUAUGCCUGGGAACAUGGGCAUGAUGGGUAUGGGAGGUGGCAUGCCAGGUUUCCAGGGCAUGGCACCCAACUUUGGGGGAAAUUUCGGCUUUAAUCAGAACCAAGGAGGAGGCGGAGGCGGCGGUGAUUGGGGCAAUCCGCACGGAGCGAAGCGUCCUCGACCAGAGUGA